UGCCCGAGGAGGACGAGUCUCGGAUCAUCGGAGGUCGUCCUUGUUCCAUGGACCAAAGACCUUUCCAGGUGGCUUUGACCAAACGUGGCCAAAUCCUGUGCGGAGGGAGCCUGGUGGGCAACCAAUGGGUGCUGACCGCCGCCCACUGCCGACAGCCAAUCAG